AUGUUCCAACACCGCCUCGUAGUUCGCUUCACACAACUCUCCAGUGGUCUCCCGCGUCACAUUUAUCCCAGCGAACACCAACCAAUUUGCAUCCCAAGUUCUCCUCUCGCCAAUCCUCGCGGCUACGAGAUCGCAUUAUAUUCGACUCACCGUAAUGGUGGUGUUUCUCUUCGGACCAAUUACGCCCUACACGCCAGACACAAACGAACUCUUAUGCCGAGAACUGAGGGCGGGCCGGACAUCCUUCACAUGGCGUGGAGUACCAUCGACCAGCACUGCUUGCUCAUUGACGAUGCCGGUGAUUCGUUUUCUUUGAAGCCACCGGCUAGGGAGGCUUCACCCACGGUGUCCCCCCCUUAUCAGGCAGAGACACGCGUCAAUGCCCUUGUUGCACUUGGUAGCGAUGGAUUGCUUGGGCAUUGCGCUUGCAGCAUUGGCAUCCUUUGGUGUUGCAUUGAUUAUAGACCUCCGCUAUCACUUUCCCUGGCCCGGUCUACCAGGUCAUUAAACAACGUCUAG